GGAGAAUCUAGAACUACAAAUAGAAAUGACCACGCCACCGGUACCUUGAGCCUUGAUGCUUGAAGUCAACGCACAAAAAUGGCACAAAAGAAAACCAUGGCCGGUGAAAAGAGAGCUCGAAAAAUUCAAGAAGAAUCCCAAGGAAAAGGUGUGCACAGAAAACCAGUGAAACUACACAAAGUUGAUACACGAGAUCACGACGACUCAGUGUUCCUGUCACGUAAGGUGAUUGCGCAGCUGUCUUUCAUCGCUGUGCUGGUAGGCAUUGCUGCCUUCAGUGUGUACGAUGUUCAUCGGCAAUCUCGAGUGAUAACGAGGUUGUCUUCGCCAACAGUAAUCACACAAAAUGCCAGCUCUUCCCCAGCAAGGUUUUGGGGAACGUACCGACCACAGGCUUAUUUUGGCCUGAAGACUAGAAGUCCACAAAGUCCAGUUGUUGGUUUGAUGUGGUUCACACAGUUUAAAUCUGCUGAGGAGUUUGCCAUAAGGCAUUGGUGUGAGCAAGGUGACAGGCUGCCUCGCUAUGGGUGGCUGGCACACGAUGGUGUGAAUUUUGGCGUUCAGGAAAUUGUUGAUGAGGAUUAUAUACUCAAAACGUCUUUUGUGAAGCGCACUGGUGGGUCACAUGGUGGUGACUGGACUGCCCGCAUUGUAGCCGAACCCCAUUAUCGAAACAGGAGAACACCUGAAGGAGAGCCCCCUCCAAAGCCAGCAACAGUGUCCCUCUUAUUCUACAUUGCGUUGGACAACAGUGGCUGGUUAAAGCCUAAUAUCGAAAGUGGCAUCCUGACAUCCGUAGAGGGAUAUACAGAUGCGUUGGGCCAGUUUAUGCUCAAGUUCCCAACCAACAGCAGAAACCAUGAGGUUUUGUACAACUACUAUUUGUCUUCUACCGAGGGCCUACAUGUACUAAAAGGUGCAGUGAUGCGUGGACUCAAAAUGGCCCCAUACAAGAAACGAAAGCAAUACGUAGCGCUGGGCGGAAACGAUCCGCGCGGCUCUGCCGAGCCAAACUUCAUCGUGCAUCAGGUGACCGUGCCGCUGCCGCACGUCAUGGAGGUGACGUACACGUCGGGCGAUGGCGGCGGCGGCAGCGGCGAGCGCGAGGACAGGGAGCCGCUGCUCGGCCGCACGUACGACGACGAGCUACGGCAGCAUCGCGACGAGUUCGACGAGCGGUUCGAGCGCGUGUUCCGACUGCGCGAGAAGGGCUACGAUGCCGAGCACGUCGACUUCGCGAAGGCCGCGCUCGGCAACCUCGUCGGCGGCAUCGGCUUCUUCUACGGCUCCUCGCUCGUGCAGUCACUUGCCAACGCCGCGCCUGUGCCGUACUGGGCGGCGCCGCUCUACACGGCCGUGCCGUCGCGCUCGUUCUUCCCGCGCGGCUUCCUCUGGGACGAGGGCUUCCACAACCUGCUCGUCAGCCAGUGGGACAUCGACGUGACGAAGGACGUGCUCGGACACUGGCUCGACCUGAUGAACGCGGACGGCUGGAUCCCGCGCGAGCAGAUCCUCGGGCCGGAGGCGCGCAGCAAGGUGCCGGACGAGUUUGUCGUGCAGCGCGACACGAACGCGAACCCGCCGACGCUCUUCCUGCCGCUGCGCUACCUGCUUGACCGCGACGAUGAGCGCGACUACGAGUACCUGCGGCGCGUCUACCCGCGCCUGCAGGCCUGGUACGGCUGGUUCAACGUGACGCAGCGCGGCGACGCGCCCGGCGCCUACCGCUGGCGCGGACGCAACGCGACGACGACGCACGAGCUCAACCCGAAGACGCUGACGUCGGGCAUUGACGACGCGCCGCGCGCCUCGCAUCCGACCGACGACGAGCGCCACGUCGACCUCCGCUGCUGGAUGGCGCUAGCGUCGGGCGUCAUGGCCGACGUCGCCGAGGCGAUCGGCGAGCCGGCGGCGGUGUACCGGGCGGAGUAUGCGUACCUCACCGACAACGAGGCCCUCGAUGCGCUGCACUGGUCGGACGAGCACGCCGCGUACUGCGACUACGGCCUGCACACGGACGCCGUGAAGCUGAAGCGGCCGCGAGCGCCGCCCGCGCAGCCGGGCGCGCCGCCGCCGCCGCGCCCCGACCUGCAGCGGUCGGUCGCGCAGGAGCCGCGCCUGCAGUUCGUUAACUCGUUCGGCUACACGAGCCUGUUUCCGUUCCUGCUGCAGAUCGUGCGGCCGGAUUCGCCGAAGCUGGAGCGCGUGCUCGCCAGCGUGCGCAACGAGAGCCUGCUGUGGACGCGUUACGGUCUGCGCUCGCUCGCGAAGACCGCGCCGCUGUACAUGAAGCGAAACACGGAGCACGACCCGCCGUACUGGCGCGGCUCGAUCUGGAUAAACAUCAACUUUCUGGCGGUGCGCGCGCUCAACUUCUACGCGAAUAGCGACGGUCCGUAUCGUGACACUGCCAAGGAGAUGUACACGGAGCUGCGGCGGAACUUGGUCGAGAACGUGUUCAGGGAGUAUCAACUCACGGGGUACGUGUGGGAACAUUACAAUGACGAGACAGGGAAGGGCGAAGGCAGCCACCCGUUUACUGGCUGGUCAGCUCUGAUUGUACUCAUUAUGGCUGACUCGUACUAGUAAAAGCGUGCCUUUUGUAAGAAAAUAGCAUAGUCGGAUCCAAGAAUUAUGGUAAUAAACAGGUUAAGGGGGUAACCAGAAUAGUUUUAAGGUGUGACGAGCAAUGUUUCUACGAUUGUGAGCAUGAGAAGUUUAAGGUAUCGGGGAGUUCUGCUGUACAAGAGGAAGCUUUUUAGGUUGUGGUUGCAUAGCUGGUCCUGGGACAUGCCGUCUCUGGCUUCCUUGUAUUCACAUAGCGCACAAUAAUUAUUACCAAUCGUGUGCUUUCCAGAAGUACACUGGAGAAAAAUGGCUAAAUUACCCAACUGCAUUUUGCCCUGCAUUCUGCAAUUUAAGGAAGGCAGCUAGCCCAAGUUUUACUUACGAAAUUGCCCUGUAAGGGUGGUAUGCCAUAAACCUGAUUAUUAUUAAAUGCCAUCUAAAACUAGAUUAUAGUCAGCUGUUGUCAUGCUGGCGUAAAGUUUUCAACAAUUCCACCACAGUCGGCACAAGUCAACAUUUACAGGUCGUUUGUGUGUAACACAGCAACCUAUGGGUGUAAAUCUACAUAACCGUACAGAUAUUUUGACAUAGCGCGCAGCAAACUUCUCACGAAGAUUCUGGUUGUCGGUGUAAAAAUUGCUUACACACCGGCAGUCACGAGUGAUUACAUUCCGAAGCAAAAUCAUAACGACUAAUUGCAAUCAUGACUAAUUUCAUGAAUUUAUGGAAGAGUUGUGUAAUCUAUGGUUAAAGGUAUCACAAAAAAUAGUGGGACAAAAAUUCAUGCCUUUAUGCAAUUUUGUAUUGUUUUUUGUAUUGCAGUUUGUGAAACGUUAUUACUGUGUAACUUCAAAAACAUCUGUCUUUCAGUUACCAUUUUAACGAUAUUUGAGUGUAUUUUCAAUCUCAUAGAAAAGUGUUUAGUCGAUCAGGUGUGAUAUAGCCAUUCUUUAUUUCCCAUCGAUUACACUCCUGUGCAGAUAAGAUAUAGUGUGUAGAUCACAAUAAUUGGUACUCGUCUAAAGAAAAAUUUGGUUAUAUACAAUGUGUUGGUAUACUAAAUCUGUUUAACAUUCAUAAAUUAAUAUAUACAUGCCUGCUUUUGUUUUGAGCACUACUGACAAAGGUAAAUACAUUUUUUUGAUCAAAUGUAAAA